AUGUCUAUUGACCAGGCGUCACCAUUGGUGCCCAUCAAACCUCAGAUUGCGUUGCAGAACAGUGCGUUUAUAAAGAACAGUCAUAAUCGCAGCAGUUUCUGUGGCGUGACACCAUCACCCACCAAUGGAAACAGGACAUUUAAAACUUUCUCCGUGAAUCGUAAGAGUUGGAGUGGAAACGUUACCCUUCCACUUCAACAGUUCGCCGUGGAUGAACCGGCGCCGAAGCUCGGGACAUUUAGAUCUGGUACAGGAACUUUCCCUAGAAACCGGGAGCGGAACAAUAACGGAGCUUCCAACGGAAUAUUAACACCUAACGGGAACUCAGUUCAGACGCUCAGAGGAAAUGAAGUGAGGAGAAGCGGAUGUACUAACGGCCGUCGCUACGCUGAGAUAGGAAACUGGAGUAAAAGGAAUGCUACAUUUCUAGAGCCUCAUCUCCAAGGAGUACGGCACAGGGAGAGUCGGAGUUCGGAGUCUGAUCAUGAUGGGCGUUCGACUGAGGAUGACGAGAGAUCUCUCAUCAGGAGCCCGCCUCGAACACGACUGCCGCAGCCGCCGCCCCCGCCGCCAGACGAUGAACCCCCGCCGAUGAAGCCUCGUGAAUUCUUUGAAAGACUGCAAAGCCAAGCUAUGAAAGAAGCUCAGGACAGGAAGCAAAAACGAGAAAUUAAAGAAACGAAUCACCUCUUUCAGCCGCUAGACGCUGAGGGCAGUCUAGGGGAUAGCCUCAGUCAGAGUCGCGAAAGCCUGACGUCUGAUGGAGAAGGUGCAAAAGGUGACUGUUCAUCGGUUGGAUCCUCUGCAUCCGAGUCUGAAGAACAGCCUCCAUGCGACAUUGGCCUCCUAGAGCGCCUGAUAAGAACACAUCCAGUAUGGUUCCUGCCUGGAAUCCAAAGAGCUGGUGCCUUCCAUUUGCUUCAAGGGAAAGAAGAAGGCAACUUUGUGGUGCGGCAAUCGAGUCAGCAAGACACAAUGGCGAUCAGCGUACGCCUCCCAGCAGAUAAAGGCCCUUACAUUGAGCACUAUCUGAUACAGGCAUCAGGUGGCCGUAUCGGUUUAGAGACUUCCCACAAUCGCUUCGACAAUAUACCUGAACUGAUUGCUCAUUAUUCUCAAUGCUGCGACGAACUGCCUGUUCAGCUUCAAUUGCCGAAGCCGCUUCAAGAAGCUAAAAGCCGUCAUCAAUUGAGUUCCCUCGCUCUCCUUGGUCAAGAGUUUUGGGGAUACCCAAUGGCUAAUUCAAAAACAAAUCUUAAUAAUCUAGUGUCACCUUGUCAAUUGACCAAUGGAAUUGUUCCCAUGGCUGUUACGCCUUCUGAUACUGGUUCUAGUCUUAGUAGUAUUCAUGCCGGUACAGCGGCUAACUCCCGCGAACAAAUUUUAAGUCCAGAUAAGGAUCAGAACGUUGUCCUUAAAAUGUCACCAGUUGAAGCUUCUGGCUCCCCACCGAAACAAACCCAGAAUCUUUCUACGUUCAAAGGUCGUAACGUUCCAUCCCCGCCAGCUAAGCCAACCGGAUCAUUCGUAAGAGCACCGAGGCCAACACCACCGAAUACCCUUAAUCUUAUAUCCAGUACGGCACACAUAACACAGCCUCAUACAUUUCCUACAACAAAUAAUCAACAUUCCCCUACACACUCCAGUAGCGUGAAAAUGACUCCACCCCCUCCCCCACCUCGUUGGGCUAAGCCCCCAUUCACAAAAAUGUCCCUAUCUCCAAAAUCGGAAGCGCUCGCUUUCAGACCCAUUAAUAAAGCUACAAAUGGAAAUAUAACUGUUACUACAACGGUGACAUUCAGUGUCAAUAAUACACAAAUACACAAUCAUCAAAUAAACGAGAGUAUACAAAGUGACCGGCUACAGCUAACGCUUGGCUCUAACACUAUGAACAAUAAUGAUUGCGAAUCCAGCUUCAGCUUAAUGGAUGCAACGAAACAUAUAACAGAAUCUAACGGAGAACUGCAGAAUAUGAUGCACCGUAUGACACCAGAAGGAGAAUGUAUAAGUACAAUGACAGCUAGUUUACACGGCAGCUUUAAAAGGCAGAUCGCUGAACAAAGUAACGCUGAUGCGGGAUCACCAUUAGACCAAUCUCAAACAAAUUCAUCCGAAUUAGUAGAUCCUGUCGUAAAUACGUUGACGAAAUCCUGUAAUGGAAGCAACGUUUCUGCUUCCAAUCAAUUAGUUUCACCAAAUGGUACCAAUUCCGUAACAAGUGGCAUAUUUUCGCCCACAAGUCAAAUAAAUUCUCCAGUGUCUAAUGAUACAAUUUCUUCUAAAAGUGGUGUAUUUUCACCAAUCAGUCAGAAUAACAAAAGUGAGGUAUUCUCUCCUAUAUCAAGAAGUUCACCAGUUUUUAACAAAACUGUAUUUUCUCCGACUUCUAACCAUUCUAUUGUGCCUCCUUUAACUGGUAGAGAUAAAGUGUUGUCACCUAAUACUAAUACAACAAGUUCUACACCUUCUGGUAGAUCAAGGAGGAGUAAGCACUCCAUGCGCAAGGAGUCCAAACAUUAUCAGGAAUCAGAUAUCCUUGAGUCCCCUGGAGUUUAUUACAGGAGUUCUCUUGUAGAUAAGGUUAGUGAUUAUGAGGAUAUUUGGGGACCAGAGAGUAAUAAUUGCUCAACUUUUAAACCACAAAAGGCCGAAAAUGACUAUAAUAUUAAUAAUGGAAUAAUGAAAAGUAAAAGACCAGAUCUGCUACCAGAUACACUUCCUAAACCCAAUACAAUUAAGAACGCACAGUCGGUCCUGGAAAAAGAAAAUCUGAUCAUAUUAAACUCAACAGAAUGUUUAAAUGAAAAGAAAAAUUACUCUACAAAUUCUCUGAAAAAGAAAAGUUUUAACGGAUCUAACGAAAUUAUAGCCACCACAAACAGUAAGGGUGAAGUGGUAGCUAAAAGGCCAGAUAAACUGCAUAUCGCGAUGAAUAUGAACAAGAAAUUAACGGAGGAGAUUGAAGCAGCUUUAAAAAUAAGAGAGAAUCAUAAUAUAGAGAGCAUGGAAACCGUUAAAUUAGAAGAUGAUACGCAAGAUGAUGAUUCGGAUAAAGAACACGCUGGUAGUCCAUUUUAUGCUGAUCCAGUGGACGCCAUAAAAGAAGCUGCUCUUCUUCCCGUACAACGUCGAAAACUCCUCAGAUCUGGAAUAAGUCAAUCCCAAAGGUAUUCUGAACCACCGACUCAGAACCAUCCCUAUUAUCCACUCCGUGAUAUGCAUAGCAUUGAAGAGCUAUCGCCAUCAUCACCUAAUACUUCAACGUCAGUAGAUAAUCUUGUAUCUCUAAGAUCUAAGCCGAAGAUGAAACCAGUGGAGCCACCACGUGUCGCAGCCAAACCACCAACUGGCAAAAACGAAACUACUUGGGCCGUGGAUUCUAGUUGGCAGUUUAUAACAAAAAACGACGAAUGUUCGAACAGUGACGGCGCAUUCCCUUCUCUAGCAGAACAGGAGAGGCUUAAUGUGGAUGAACACUUGCUCACGGUACAUCAAAUUGUCGCUCAAAGACUACCUGAGCUACGUCUGAACGCCGAACCUUUCGCAUUACCAGAUGAAGUCAGAUCGCCUCCUCGCGCAUCUUGCUAUGAUAACGUACAUGAUCUUCGACCUAUGUCAGAACAAGCGAGUGACGAUGGAACUGUGUUCUCUGAACCUUGGGACAGCUCUCAAUGGGAUGGAUUAUUGCCACCACCUAAUGGACAGGCUUAUGACAAUGAGGAAGUCUGUGAGUGGGAAUCUCCUACCCCAAGACGAGGAGCGGUUCCAGCACGAGCCAAGAGUUUCAAAGAUCGAUUGGAUCCCUUACUUGCAGCGGGACGUGUCCGAGCUUUGCGCGGCGGUCGUUCGUCUCGAGGAGCCGGUGCAGCAUUAAGAGCUUAUGCUCUGCACUUGGCCCAAGAUAAGAGUACUACCUUCGCACAAAACGUGGAUAACUUCAUUGCUUGCACACUAGACUCUAAGGAAACAUGCCCACAGAUAAUGAUGCGGAAUAUGAGGCAGUUUAUGUCGGGUAUGAAAAACUAUUUGGUGAAACACGGCGAGAGAGAAUUCGAAAAAGAAGUUGAGAAAGAGCGGCUUAAGCUAAAACCAACUGAAUUCUUAAACCUGGAUGCAAUUCUUGAGGGUGUUAUGCACCGUCUAGUGGUGCGGCCUCUUCGCUCUAAAUUGUAUUCUCUGCUAGCGUCGUGGCAUUCCGCAGAUGUACGUCAAUUACAUUCAGCUAUUGAAAAAGCACAACACGCUACACCCUUGCAACUUGGUAUUAAGGAAUCAACGAAAGUGCCAUCAACAGCAGUAUUGGCGGUGAUAUCGAAACAUUUCCUCAAAAUGCAAGAAGCCGAUUCUCCGUUGGACAAAUUGGAAAAUCUGCUCGCAGCAAUAUCUGUCAUGUUUAACGCGAUUCGUGGAGAGCGUACGUUGGGUGCGGAUGAUCUACUACCGGUUUUAGCAUGGACAGUGGCUCGAUGUCGUUUGGUCUGCGCUGAACUGGAGGCGGAACUAAUGGCUGGCUUGUUACCCGCAGCGUUACUGGCUGGUGAAGGCGGUUAUUACUUAACCGCUCUAUUCUCAGCCGUCGCUGUUCUGAAGAGAUUAGCGCCAGAUCCUGGACCUGAUAGUACGACACCGUGGCGUCGUGGAUCUGGUGAAUGUCGCGAGGUUGGUGUAGCGGUAGUACGUGUUGCUUUACCAGAUGAAUGUCGCGGGUCCAUACGUCGCGUGGCGCUCCCUUGCCGGCCCGGAGCCCGAGCUAGAGACCUCUGCAGAGCCCUAGCACACGCCGCUCAUAUUACGAACCCACAAGACUAUGCGCUUUUUGCCCUGCAUGAUGGACAAGAAACAAUGUUAAAUGAGAAUGACUGUCCCCAAGAAGUGAUGUCAGAGAAGAGUGGUCAGAACUUCAUAUUGGCUUAUAAGCGAAUAGAUGCUAAAAUCGCGUGGCCACAACAAGCGCUCCUGUCAUACCCAUAG